AUGGCGAACCGUGUCCACCGAAUCACCAUGUUCAAGAUGCCUAGCGAGGCUGACCGGGCCGUUCUUCUGGAGCAGUACAACAAGCUGAGUGCCAACCAGCAAAAGGACGGCAAGCCUUAUAUCCUGUCCAUGGUGGUCGGUGCCGCCGAUGAAGAUGCCCGAUCUCAGGGAUACCACUUUGUCUCCAAGACCGAGUUUGCCAGCAUGGAGGAUAUGAAGUACUACGACGAGGAGUGCAAGGCUCACAGCGACCUCAAGACGACUGUCAAGACGCUGGGCGUUCAGGGUGUCUUGACCAUUUACUUUAAGCCUCAGGCUAUUGGUGGUAUUGACAAUGCUUGA